AUGCUGCGCGUGGAGGUCCACGGGAUGCUCCACGACUGGUUUGACGUGGAGAGGAUGGGCGACUUCGUUCGCUCGGCGUCCUUCUCGAGGAGACCCUGCGGCAGAACGUCGCGCGCUACUUCGAGAUCCCCGAGGAGCGGCAGGCCAUUUUCGACGACGACGGCCUGCUGGCCACCGCAGGACAUCGACUUCGUCCGCGCCGUGUCGCGGGUGGCGCCGAAGCUGUACGUCUACGACAUGCAGGCGAUGCAGGAGACCGCGCACCUGCGGGCGCGGACGGCGGAGGAACUGAGGGCCAUCGGGGAGGAGCUGGGCCAGUUCUGGCAGCACUUCGGCGCCUGCGGCGGCCUGGCUGCUCCCGCAGGCACGGCGCCAGCGCCCGCACACAUGCCAGCGGCCGCGAGGAGUAGACGACUCUGCCGCCCCACCGCUGCAAAGCGGCGCCAUCGCACGCGUCCUGCCCGCGGCUGGGCUGGCCCCGUUCCCGCUGCGCAGACAGGAGGAGUCCAUCGCUACGCUGCCCCCAAGCUGCAGCAGCUUCAGCGCCUGCGGCACGCCCUGGAUGCAGGCGCCCGAGGGCCCCACGAGCUUCCCGGCCGAAGGGCUCCCCGCCGAGGGCCGAGGCGGCGGCGCGGGGGCGCCCGCGGCGGCGCCCGCCGACGCGUGGGGGCGACGGGCAUCCGCGGCCUCGCAGGGGACGGCCACGACGGUGGCCGAGCUGCAGGUCCGCCCCGUAGCAGCCGCUGGGCUCGUGCCCGGCCCCUGCGCCGCCGGCAGCGCCUCGGCGGCGCCUGCAGCGGCGGGGGGCGCCGUGCGCCGCAUGGUCUCCCCGGUUAG